CGUUACUCUGCUCGGAAAAAGAUUAGACACAGUUAAGCAACUUUAAAUGUUAAUAAUUCAGCACAGCACAAUAGUUAUAAUGUAAUAUGGUGCAACAUUAAACGCAUUUGAAUUUAAUUUUGUGUUAAGCUCAAAAAUAGUCGUGAUAAGAGCUGAAAAUAUGUGGCAAAUAUUGUUGCUGUGAAAUAGAAUCAGAGAGAGUAUUGACGGAACGUGUACGUACGGGAAAGAAGGACAACAUAGUGGUCUGUUGAUAAAUGCAUAUAUGUAGAUAAAUCUCCAGUGUGACUUAUUAGACACGAUUCCAGCAGAAAGCACGUUAAUGUUAAAUACUAACUGCUAAAAAACACUUGGGUCUUCGAGGGUAACGUUUAUUUUACUUGCCAGCGCUUCUUUUCUUCUGCCUUAAACAAUAAUCAACAGCAACAGCUGUGUGUGUGCGUGUGUGUCAGCGUGUGCGUGUGGGUGUGGGUGUGUAGAUUGUCGCGUUCCCUGUGUUUGUCGGACGUAACAAAAUAUUGAGUCGUCGAGCAAAACACAUGAUGUGGUCGUUCUUUUCGCGCGACUCCUCCAAAGAUUUUCCAUAUGACAUUGGCGAACCAGUGCCUGGAUUCGACAACUAUUCCAUAUGGACACUGCACAAAGCCAAGCGGAAGGGCACACAAGAAGAGGUAUCUGUAUUUGUUUACGACAUACGCAGCGGCUCCGAUACAAAAUGCGAAUUAGCAAAAGCGUCUCUAAAGCGCCUGAAGACGUUGCGUCACCCGAGCAUACUGCAAUUUCUAGACUCACUAGAAACAGAUAAAAUGUUGUACGUAGCCACGGAGGCCGUAGAGCCACUGGGUGUCUACUCCGCAAAACUGGCCACUGAUAAUUUACAAAAAGGCCUCUACUUGGCCUGGGGCAUAUUUCAAAUCACACGCGCGCUCUCUUUUCUGAAUAAUGAUGGAAAUUUGAGGCACAACAACGUUUGCGCGUGGUCGGUGUUUGUCAAUGCAUCUGGCGAAUGGAAGCUUGGCAGCUUGGAGUAUGUGGCUGCUGCUGAUGGUAGUCCAAUGCCACCAGUUAAAAUACCUGUUACACUGGAGGUCUACGAUGCGCCGGAGAAGAAUGAUCAGAGCAAGCUUAAAGCAGCCACAAAAUGCUCGGUAGAUAUGUGGGGACUUGGUUGUCUCGUUUGGGAGGCCUUCAAUGGUCCUUUAAAGCAGCGUUCUAAUCUUAAGGAACUUGAACAUGUACCCAAAUCCCUGCAAUCGCUGUAUUGUGAACUGGUGGGCGCUUCACCUUCAAAUCGCCCUAAUCCAGCGGAUAUUAUAACUCGUUGUCGUAAGCCAGGUGGUUUCUUUAGAAACGACUUGGUGGACACACUGCUGUUCCUAGAGGAAAUUCAAAUCAAAGACAAAGCAGAAAAGAAUCGCUUCUUCAGCGGCUUAACCACGCAUUUGGAUAACUUUCCCGAUAACGUCUGCAAACACAAAAUACUUCCACAGCUAAUAACCGCUUACGAGUAUGGAGAUGCGGGCUCUGCCGUGCUUGCUCCGAUGUUUAAGCUGGGUAAAUUACUUGACGAGCUGGAAUAUCAAAAGCGUAUCGUGCCCUGCGUGGUCAAGCUGUUUGCCUCAACAGAUCGGGUGACACGAUCGCGCCUGUUGCAACAAUUGGAUUUGUUUAUUGCACAUCUGCAGCCGACUGUGGUUAAUGAUCAGAUAUUUCCACAAGUUGCGCAUGGUUUUUUGGACACAAACGCCACCAUACGUGAACAGACAGUCAAGUCCAUUAUACACUUGGCGCCCAAGCUCAACUACAAUAAUCUAAACGUUGAAGUAUUGCGUCACUUUGCGCGUCUGCAGGCUCGCGAUGAUCAGGGCGGUAUACGUACUAAUACAACAGUUUGCCUGGGCAAGAUUGCGCCACAUCUGCAUCCACAGGUGCGUCAACGUGUGCUCGUCUCAGCAUUUAUACGUGCCAUGCGUGAUCCCUUUCCGCCGGCUAGAGUAGCCGGUGUACUAGCGCUAGCAGCGACGCAGCAAUAUUUUCUGCUCAGUGAAGUAGCCAAUCGUGUCUUACCAUCGUUGUGUUCGCUUACUGUGGAUCCCGAGAAAACAGUGCGCGAACCAGCCUUUAAAACAAUACGCGGCUUUCUUGGCAAACUCGAAAAGGUCUCUGAAGAUCCAAGUCUGCGUGAAACAAUGGAAGCGGAUGUACACACCGCCACGCCAUCAAUCGGCAAUGCAGCAGCCACCUGGGCUGGGUGGGCAGUUACUGCAGUUACGGCCAAGUUCUAUCGCAGUCAAAGCGACUCCUCAAGACCAAGACCGCCGCUGACUGGUCGCAAUUUAUCCAAGCCAGCAUCACUAGAGCAACCAUCGAGCAGCAGUCUUUCGACGACCACAAGUAGCGUGACAUCCAUGACAUCGCUAGAACAUGAAAGCAACGAUACAUCUGCCUCCGCCUCUGACUACGGCAACAACGAUUGGGACAAUGAAAACUGGGGUGAAAUGGAUACCUCGCAGGAUCCUAGCAGUCCACUGGCACCAAAUGCCAACAAUGGUCAGCUUCUGGCGGCCAAUGUGUUAAACGAAGUACGCGAUGGUUGGGACAACGAAGAAUGGGGUAGCCUAGAGGAGGAUCCGUGUGAGGAGGAAGAGCAGGCGGAACAGGAGCAACAGCAACAGCAGUUGGCUAGACAAUCGAUAUCAUCAACAACAUCAUCAAGUCAACAGCAGCAACGACCACUGCUGCCGCAUCAGCAUCAACAGCAGUUGCAGCAGCACGAACUAAAUGAUUUAAUGGAGCCAUUGGCCAAGCUCAAUACACACAUAAUCACGUCGCCAUCAAAGCAACACUCAAGUCUGCGACCUAAAGAGUUGGCCAAUCUAUCGAGCAGCGCCAACACCUCGCCCACAACGCCGGGGGCAUUGACCAAUUGCAAUAACAUAAGCCCGCCUUCGUCGCAUUUCAAUAAUUCGACGCAUAAUGCCAAUUGGAACAGCGACUCCUGGGCCGAUGGUGAAUUUGAGCCCAUAGAUGAGCCGGGGUUAGGCAUAAGCAAACUGGAUGAUGCGCGUCGCAAGCGUGAGGAAAAGAAAAUGCAGCGUCAGCGAGAACUCGAGGCAAGGCGAGCGCAGCGCGCAACUGGCCCAUUAAAAUUGGGCGCCAAAAAGCUUUAAAAAUAUUUACAGAAAACCAGCUAAAAGUGCUUACAUUUUCUAGCAUUGUAUAUUUAUUAGCACUUAAUUUGAAACUAAUAAGCCUAAAGUGUAUGUAUGUAUUUUGUAUAGCAGUGUAUCAUGUGUGUGUGCGUGCAUAGAAUGCAAAUCUCAACGUUUACAACUCCAUUUCGAUAAAUAUCCAUAUACGAACCUAUAAUGCUAAAAUGAUAUUAUUUCUAAAUAUAUACAACUGACAGUGUCUGAGGUCUCGUUAACAUAGUAUAUGUGCAGAAUUCUUUAUCUCUAUCUCCCUCUCUCUCUCUUUCUCUGUAAUCAACAUUAACUGACAACGCAGACUAACUAAAUACCAUCAAUUAGAUAGUAAUUUAUUUAAAAUUUGUACUGAAGUGAGCCAGUGUCAUAGCUAAUGUCUGAAUGUCACUGAUACAAAUAUUAUUCCAACAGAUACAAAUCAAUAUUUUGUGCUAAAAGCUUGCUUAAUGAAAUGAAUCAUACACUUGUCUAUUAUAUUCUUUUUUUCUGCUCAAAGUCCUUGUAUCUGUCAAUAUCAAACCAUUUCAACUCAUUGUAUAUUUAUGUGCAUGAGUAUGUGUGUUUUCAAAUCUAAUUCCAUUUCGGUAUACUAUUCAUUGGUGUUCACGUGUAUGUUGUAUGUUGUGAAAUGUCUUAAUCAUUCAGUCAUUUUCGCUAAUUAGUAUUUCCAAUAUAACUUUCUGGAUCGCUGUAAACAGUUUGUAAACACGUGUUUGUGCUGAAAACGCAAAACUAUAAAAUUGUGAAUUUUAAUAA